GUCGGGGAACGGGCGGGGCGAAGCCGGGCCGGGUGAGGCCGGCCUGCCGAGCUGAGGUCUUGGGCACCUGUCUGUGGAGGCCGAGUCUUUCCGCGGGCACUGUCGGGGGCAGCUCGGAAGUGCUCCAUCCCCGGCGGGAAGCCCAGGCAGGUCCACGAGAUCCAGUCUCACAUGGGACGCCUGGAGACGGCAGACAAGCAGUCUGUGCACUUAGUAGAAAAUGAAAUCCAAGCAAGCAUAGACCAGAUAUUCAGCCAUCUAGAACGUCUGGAGAUUUUGUCCAGCAAGGAGCCCCCUAACAAAAGACAGAAUGCUAAACUUCGUGUUGACCAGUUAAAGUAUGAUGUCCAGCACCUGCAGAGUGCUCUCAGAAACUUCCAGCAUCGGAGAUACACAAGGGAACAUCAGGAGAGACAGCGAGAGGAGCUUCUGUCCCGUCCCUUCACCACUAAUGGGACUCAGAAGAAGAUCCUUGACAUCGCCAACAUGCUGGGCUUGUCCAACACGGUGAUGCGGCUCAUCGAGAAGCGGGCUUUCCAGGACAAGUACUUAAUGAUCGGUGGGAUGCUCCUCACCUGUGUGGUCAUGUUCCUCGUGGUGCAGUACCUGACGUGAGCCAGCCAAGCCCAGCAGCUGAUCAACGAUGUUCCCACAGCAUGAGAGUGUGUGUGAGUGUGUGUGCGUGCAAGGUGAGGCCCAGAGGCCACCUUUUGAAAUGUGUGUCCUUAACUGUGAAGACCACUGGGAAGUAAUUGUGAUUCAUAACCUAGUGGGAGUUUCAUACCUGCUCUGUUUCUUAUGACAUCUCAGAUGUGAAACUAGUGCUACCAAGAUUCACGGUGCUUAGGAAAUGAAAGAAGUACUUGUUCUCUCUCUCACUCACUGGAGGAGGAUGUGAUAGAACAGUAAGGGAUUAUGAAGGAAGGGAAAGAAUGGCUUUGGUGGUCUUGUCAAUAUAACUGAUGCAUGCCCCAACAAGGCGUUCACGGUGAGCCUUGCAGACAGGACUGUCUACACAUUGUCCUCAUUCGGCCUUUCUGGCUCCUAACGGGGAGGCUGGAACAGAAGCAGUGGAGGGGUGGGGAAGAGGUCUUCUUUUCUCGUGCCCCUUAUAGUAGAUCAAGUCACAUGCUUUUGCUACUAGCCACCUCCCCCACUCCCAAAAUGACAUACAGAUGACUGACUGCUAAUUCUUGUCACCUUUCCCUGGAAGCAGCUACCUAGAGGAAAAAGAGACAUUGACGCUGUUGCUGACACGAUUUUCCAUAUUAUACUGGUCUGGCAUUUCUCCUUUCUAAAAUGAGACCACCGUUAUUCUCUGGGCAUGUUCAUCCUGAAGACUGAAGACCCUCGUCACUGAUUCUUUUGGGUAGUUAAUGGAAUGGUUCACUUUUAAGGUUUCUAGAUUGUAGCCUGGCACCCAUGCCCAGACUUUGGUGGGCCUUUGCCCCUUAGACAGUUGCUGUGAGCAUAGGUUAGUGGUUUGUCAAGUAUAGUCUCAUGUCUAGUUUUAGCAUCUCUCUCUAGCUGUCUUCCUUUCCUUAAAAUAUUUUAACAACUGUCAGCCAAGCCCUGGCAGAUGCUACCCUGAAACCAUCCCUGGUGUCCUUGUGAGACUCUCUUUUCAGGGACCAGGACCUUUUCCUUCUCCGACGAACCCUGCAUUAAGGCCGUACCACUACCUGGUGUAUUGUGGAAUUUAUUGUAAAGCCAGUCUGCCUAUUGUGAUUAAUUGCCAAAAGUACCAGAAAGACCUGGUUAGCAUGAUUUUUCAUCUAUCAUAGGCCCAGCCAGUCCUAGGCUCAGUAGCCUUAUGUCAAGACAUAAAAUAGCACUCAGAAUUUCCCAGAAAAAAAAUGGAAACCGGGUCAGUAUUAACCCCACCUUUUGGCCCACCUACUUCCCGUCUUUGUUUCUUGUUACUUGGACUAUCUUCUGUCUUCUUGCCCUUUGCUCUGUGUUUUCUAUUCCACCUUCCUUAUUAACCUCCCACCUGUUUCAUUCGCAGUAUUGGUCUUUUCAGCCACAUCUGUGGCUUUGAACCCCUUUUGGCGAACAUUUCUCAAUCACAGAUUUUUAACAUGAGUUUCCUGGGUACUGAUUUCACGCUUUUGGUUGGCUCUCCAUGGCUCCUACCCUUCUGGGCUUAAUUAACAGGGCCCUGGGUGUCCAAGGAAGAGAGAAUCUAUGACCCUUUCAUAAAAAGAUUGAGGGCCCUGCCAGAAUGAAAACAGUGGCCUGAAGGGUGGAGAGAAGGGUUGAGGCAUCUUCAGACCUACAUCUAACUUUGGAGGAGGCACAGUUUGAAAUUUCCCUCACACCCAGCACCCCUGCCCUCCUAGGGACACAGCAUAUAAAAUGAUUUUUGUUGUUUUUUUUUAACUGCAGUCUAUAAAAUGGUUUUUUUAACUACAUAGACCUGGCUAUUCUAUUUCCUGAACACCUGAAUAUCCUGCUGGACAGUGUACUUUGGAGGAAGGUGUAUAAGGAGCAACUAAGCAAUUUGGACUUGAACUCCAGAAGGCCAAAACUCCUCCCACCCCCUGCCCUCCGUGGGUUGAUGUGACAUCUAUUUGUAGUGUACACUAGUGUGUUUCCACACUUGCCUUUAUAGUGAUUGUUGGCCUUAAUGAACCAGAAGGCCUUCCUUCAUACUGCACCUUUAGAGCCAUUCUCCCUACUUUGUAAAUUGUGGGUAGUUUGUGGGUGUUUAUCAUCCUGGGCUAGGGAACAGUUUGUAGGUGUUUAUCAUCUUGGACUAGGGACCAAUGUGUCUGCGAGAAACAUACACUGGCCUGACAGUGUGCUUCUGUCUCCCUAGCCCCAGCGUCUAGGGAAGGGUCCCAGGCCAGGGAAUGAGCACCCCCUAGUGGAGCCAGGGUGGAUUCUUAGGUUGAGCUGAUGCAAGAAUCUCCAGUAGACAGCCACUCAAACUUGUACAGCCUUUUGGUACAGGUUUACCUAUUGUGGUUUAAGACAGGUAGGUUUUCAAGGAACUUGGGAAUAUCCUCAUUCUGUGGAAUUUACUCCAGGGGUAACCACCUUAAGAAAAGCCAAACUCAAAGACCAAGUAAGUAGGAGAGUCUUGAUUUUAUAGAAGACUUCAUUGCAGGAUUUUUUCUAAGUCCUUUGCCCUGAUGAAUUUCAACGGGUUUGAUUCGCAUAUUUGGACUUACCACCCAUUGUUUUUGAAACACAUCAGUUGAAUAAAGUUGAGAUUUAUUUUAUUUAGAAAAUCAUAUUUUGUAAAGGAAUUUGGCAUUCAUUGUUGUAACUAAUGACCCCCUUUUCUUAUGUUCCAGGCCAGACAUUCUCAAACACUGCUCUGUGGCCCGGGGCUGGGCAGGCUGCCUCAGAAGCAGCUGGGAAACAUUUUUUAAAUUAUAGAUUCCUGGGGCCUAUCCGGGCUUUCUGAAUUAGAAUAUUCGUAAGUCUCUAAAGUAAUUUUGAUACGUGUAUUUUAAAACCACUGUCUUUUAGACAGAAGGCUUUUGUCUUAAAGAUGACAGCAUUUGAAAAUAUAUGCUGAGCUAACUCAGCAUAUAUGUGUAAAGGACAAAACUUAUUAAGUCCAUAAUAAAGUCUUAUUUACUUA